UUUCUCAUCCAACUCAAUUGUGAAACACAAUAACCUCUUUCAAACGUUUCUAAGUCUAACCAAUACUACUGAUAUGGCUAUUCGUUUGCCUAGUGUUUUGAGUGCUAAACACAUUCUUCGCCGAUCUAAUCUGUUUGCAAAUCAUGCAGCUGCAGCAUCACUGGAUGUGCCUAAAGGGCACUUUGCUGUGUACGUAGGAGAGGGAAAAAUGAAGAGAUUUGUGAUACCAGUGUCAUUGUUGAAUCAGCCUUCGUUUCAAGAACUGCUAAGUAUAGCGGAGGAAGAAUUUGGCUUCAGUAAUCCAAUGGGUGGCCUCAUAAUUCCCUGCACGGAAGAAAUUUUCGUUAACAUCACCUCUGGUUUACAUAGGCUAUGAAAUGCAGCCAAAGUAAAUCUGAAGAAAGUUUUUGUUUCAUGGUUUUUGCCUUUCAACAUGUGGUGUUGAGAAAAAGUUUACCCAUGCCGAAAGGUUUUGCUAUGCAAUUGUAAUAUUGUAUCAUAGGCAAUGAACAUCAAUACAAAAAAUGGAUAAAAAAACUUGACUAUAUUCCAUGUUGUUUACAGUUCUA